AUGAAGUUCUUCAUUCUGCUGGCGCUUGCUCUCGUGGCAACGUCGUGCCUGGCGAUCAAGCCGCCCUCGGACGAAUUCAGGAAGAAGCUCCAGGGUCCGCCCUCCGAAUUCGCUCAGCACCGCAUCCCCAAGCCCGAGCUGGCCGCCCUCAACAGUGAAUCUUCGUGGCACGAGUUGACCUUCUCCAAGGCCGACGAUGGCACCUUCGUGUGGAAGGGCGAGAUGGUGGUCGAUAGCAAGGUCGAGCUGGAUAUCUCGGUGUUCUCGCCCUACGAGGACAACAUGGACAUCAUCGUGCAGCCGCCCAACGAGCUUCCCCUCUCGAUCAACGUCGCCCUCGCCACCAGCGCCCUCUGGGCCGAGCGUGCCGCGGCCGGCAUCGGCAAGGAGUACGAGCUGCCCUUCACCAAGACGAGCGGCCCGUUCGGUAUUGACGGCGCUUCGUACCCGGUCACGACCUACUCCUUCAAGAACCCCACCGUCGGUACCUGGACGGCGACGCUCGUCAUCAAGGGCGUGGCUGACGUGGCCACGGACAAGCCCACGGCGGUGGUCAUGAUCACCAACAAGGCCAGCGUGAAGCUCUUCUCGCACCUCAACAAGUACGAGCUCGAGGUCGGCCAGGAGGUCGGCCUCGUCGCCAACAUCCACAACGCCGAAGGCGAACUCUACCUCCAGGGCCGCCCCGGCGUGCUCCAGCUUGCUAGCGCCUCGACCGUCAUGAGCGUUCGCUUGCCCGACGGCCGUAAGAUCGACGUGCCCAUGCACGAUGACGGCGUCCACGCUGACUUGGCUCCCAAUGACGGCAUCUACGGCGCUGUGAUCGAGGCGCUUGCCCCCGGCCAGUACAUGGCGCAGAGCGUGUUCAAGGGCGUCACCGUCGACGGCGUCGCUUUCGAGAGGAGCACCGAGCACUCCUUCCACGUCGUCAACCCCUACAUCACCCUCACCGGCCUGGCCGAUGUUGAGUACAACGCGAAGGAAAAGUUCUUCUACUUCCACAUCGAUGUCGACAGCUACGACGUGGACUCGGAGGAGAGCACCACCAAGGCCUACGCCGAGGUGUGGGGCACGGACAGCACCGGCUACGAGUACGCGCCUGUCGCAUGGGUGCAGGCCAUGGUGGACCCCUACAAGAGCGCCGCCGGCGAGACCGUCGUCACUCUCCAGCUCCACGAGGAUUGGGUCCACAAGGCGGGCGUGACUGCGCCGUUCCAGCUGCGCAAUGUGUGGCUCGAGGACAGGAACUGGAACGUCGUGCUCUCCGAGCGCAGUGCCAUUUACGUCGAUGCGUCGGCCAUCAAGAGCUUCCAGGCCAACCCCCACAAGCGCGACAACGUCGCCAUCACCGAGGAGAUGACCGUCGGUCCUCGCCCCGCGGCCAUGGCUCUGCGCAACCGCACCAGGGCCUCUGAGGCCGGUGGUAAGCUCAUCCUCGUGCACGGCUACUGCGCCGGCCAGAACGAGUUCCCGCUGUCGGACUUCACCAAUGCCGUCCAGUUCCAGGACUACAACCAGGUGCGCUCCAACGACGCGUUUGCCCUCAAGAUCCGCGAUUUCGGCAACCAGUUCGAUUCCUUCUCCAUCGGUGGCCUCGCGGCAACGCACCUGCACGCCUACUACUGGUCCAACCUGGAGGCUGCUAAGGGCGGUCGCCUCAUCCAGUCGGUCGGCAGCCCCUACUAUGGCUCCGGUCUCGCCGGCAACCUCGCCGCCAUCGGCGACAUCUUUGGCGUGGGCUGCGGCAAGAACAACGACUUGACCUACGACGGCGCCACCAAGUGGGCCAACGCCCUCCCCGCCGGCAUCACCAAGGAUGUUUUCUACUACACCACCCAGUACAAGGAUGCCCUGUUCGGAGGCUACUGUGUGUUCGGCGCUUCGCUGGCGCUCUACUCGCCCAACGACGGCACCACGGAGGUGGUUAAGGCCAAGCUCGCCGGUGCCAACUACGCCGGCCACAAGAGCGACUGGUGCCACACCACUGGCAUGAACCAUCCCAACCAGUGCACCGACCCCGCCAGGAACAAGGAGAUGGACACCGCUGCCUCGCGCUAA